CUGGGCUUGGAGGCAGCAUUUCCCCAGACUUCUGAGAGGUGGAGCAAGGAACUAUGGUCCCAGGGUCACCAUGGUUAGAACCAGUCCAACGUGGGCAGCCGGGGACUGAUAACGACGACCUUGCAGCAGCUCCAGGCAAUUGGGAGCGAGACUUUCAAAGGCUGUGAUUGGCUGUGGGGACCACACUUCAUCUGCCUUCAGAAGGCCUGCUGGACUUGCUUCGGCUGGCCACCUUAUGUAAUUGGCUUGUGGGCUUGACAGAGGCCAUUCCAUUAGCUGUUGGGAAACUACCUUGGGAAUGGAUUCUGUGGUAUUUGAGGAUGUGGCCAUUGACUUUACUCAAGAAGAAUGGACUUUGCUAGACGUUGCUCAGAGGAAACUUUACAGAGAUGUGAUGGUGGAAACUUUCAGGAACCUAGAUGCUGUCUCUCAAAAGGAAAAUAACCUACAAGAGUGGUCCAGUGAGCACAUACUUCGAUUCAUGAAGAGCGAUUUCUGGUCUUCCAUUUUAGAUGAAACCAAUGGCAGUAAAACUCACAACCAGGAAAGGUCUUUGAGAAGAAAUGUGGCAGAGACCAGCCCUACAACUAUAGAACAGAAAAUAACGAAAUACAGUGAAGUUGAUCAGAGCAAAAAAUAUUUCUGCCGGACUGAAAAUCUUCCUGUCUACAAAGGAACUGCUGCUGGUGUUGCUCCUUUUGAAUUUCAUGAUGGUAGUGAUCAUACAUUCGGUCUUUGCAUCAGAUUACACACUGACUGCAAACAGUACCAGCACAAGGAAUGUGAGAAAACUCACAGUUGUCCCUCUUAUCUAAAACCUUCAUCAAAAACGCUUUAUGGAGAGGAACUUUGUAACCAUAUAGAUUGUAGGCAAUCCUGUGCCUUCUCAUCACUUUUCACUAAAGUGAAAAGUCACAGUGAAGACCGGACUUACAAAUGUAAAGAAUAUGGAAAAUCGUUUAGUCAUUCCUCUAACCUCAAAGAACACAAAAGAGAGUACACUGGACAGAAGGCUUAUAAAUGUAGUGAAUGUGGGAAAACUUAUAAAUAUCCAUCCACACUAGCUGUGCAUUUCACUACUCACAGUGGAGAGAGGCCUUAUGAGUGUAAGAUAUGUGGGAAGACCUUUAGUCAGUCCUGGAACCUAACUGCCCAUAUGAGAAUCCACAGUGAAUGGAAGCCUUAUAAAUGCAAGGAAUGUGGGAAAACUUUCAAGCACUCUUCAGCAUUAAAGAAACAUAUUAGAAUUCACAGUGAAGACAGGCCUUAUAAAUGUAAGGAAUGUGGGAAAGCUUUUAUGGACAAUUCAGAACUAACUAAACAUACCAGAGUGCACACUGGACAGAGGCCUUUUAAAUGUAAACAAUGUAAGAAAACCUUUAAGCAGUCUUCAGCUCUAAAUCAUCAUAGAAGAAUUCACAAUGGAGAGAGGCCUUUUAAAUGUCUGGAAUGUGGGAAAACAUUUAAGUACUCUUCAGUACUAAGUGUACAUAGAGGAAUUCACAGCGGAGAGAGGCCUUUUAAAUGUAAGGAAUGUGGGAAAGCCUUUAAGCAAUAUUCAACACUAAGUACACAUAGCAAAAUUCACAGUGAAGAGCGGCCAUUUAAAUGUAAAGAAUGUGGGAAAGCCUUUAAGCAAUCUUCAGAACUAACUAAGCAUGCUAGAGUACACAUUAGAGAGAGGCCUUGCAAAUGUGAAGAAUGUGGGAAAUCCUUUAAGCACUCUUCAGCACUCAGUAUUCAUAGCAGAAUUCACAGUGAAGACAAGCCUUACAAAUGUAAGGAAUGUGGGAAAGCCUUUAAACACUCUCCCACAUUGAUUACUCAUCUAAGAAUUCACAGUGAAGAGAGGGCUUAUAAAUGUAAGGAAUGUGGGAAAGCAUUUAAGCACUCUUCCAUACUAACUGAACACACUAGAGUUCACACUGGAGAGAGGCCUUUUAAAUGUAAAGAAUGUGGGAAAGCCUUUAAGAGCUAUUCAGCCCUAAGUAGUCACAGCAGGAUUCACAGUGAAGAGAGGCCUUAUAAGUGUAAGGAAUGUGAGAAAGCCUUUAAGCACUCUUCAACUCUAAAUGCACACAGAAGAAUCCACAGUGGAGAGAGGGCUUAUAAGUGUAAGGAAUGCGGGAAAGCCUUUAAUUACUCUUCAACUCUAAAUGCACACAGAAGAAUCCACAGUGGAGAGAAGCCUUUUAAAUGUGAAGACUGUGGGAAAGCCUUUAGUAGGUCCUCAACCCUCACUUAUCAUAAAAAGACACAUAGAGCAGUGAAGCCCAAUUAGUGUAAGGAAUGUGGGAGAGCCUUUAUUCAUCCUUAAAUAUUAUGUGUUCAUAGGAUGAUUCACAGUGAACAGAUGUCAGAACAAACCAGCCUCUAACAACCAAGGGGGUUCGUAGGUGCAAUUGUAUGGUUAUAAUAUAUAAAGAUCAUAGUAAAGUCAUACAGAAUAAGAGAGACAGGAGAAUAAAAUAAGUGCCGCAGUCCAGCCGCGGCAGGGUGAAGGGUCCCCUGUUUGGUGGAUAAGGCGUCGACGCGAGAGGGAUGAGCAGAGUCAGGAGUCAGUGAUCAUCUGCUGCUUUAUUACA